AUGGCAUCUUCACUGAGAACAUUUCUCGCUGCCGUCGCGGAGAAGCGACAACUGUCCAAUGUGGGAAGCAAAUCCAGCGCGCUAUCGCCGCAUCCCUUGCCUGAUCGAGAUUCGGAAGAACCGGUUCCACGUUAUGGAAGAUGGCUUCCUCGGGACGAGCUCGAACGGAAAUCUCGCCCCAUUGUGUUUGACUUCACAGCGCUCUGUGAUAGGGCCAUUCGUCUAUGCCCAGGAGCAAAAGAGAUCAUCAAAUGGGAGGAGAGAGAAGCUGUUGUGGCAAGAUUACCAACCGGUAAUGCUGGCCCGCCAAGGUUGACCACCAGCUCUGAAGUCGCAACAAUGACAUAUUUGGAUGACCCGUCAAAACCAAUCGGCACGGAAUACAUCACCCAGGAGCAUGUUGCGGGUGUUCAGCUACACCAGACGUGGCCCAAAAUGAACCCGCAACAACAUAUGCUGUGUACUAAGAUGCUUUCAUUGGCCAUGAGAGACAUGGCAUCCUUGGACUUUCCGGCCUAUGGCAGUCUAUACUUCUCCGAUGCGCCGUUAGAGUCACACAUGAAGAUUCCUUUUGAAGAGGGCUUCUGUAUCGGUCCAAAUUGCAGUCCAGUUUUCUGGAAUAGGAAUCCGGGUGAACACGAACUCUACGGUGGUACGAGUCCCAAUUGUGGGAGAGACCUCGCAGGCUAUUACCUAGGUUUGAUAGAGACCGGUUUCUCUCCUUUACCGAAAGAAGAUGCUGGCAACCGCGACCUUCUUCUUCAUCAAGGAUCGAUUCAAGAUCACUUCAAUUUCUUGGAAAUAAGCAAAGAAGUGAUGCAGAAGGUGAUCAAAGGUAAGCGCAUCCAAGAUGCCGCUACUCCAGCUCUGCUUCAUCCUGAUUUCCAUAAAAGUAAUAUUUUAUGUCUCAGCCGGGGAUCCAACCGUUAUUACUGGAGUACUCCUGAUUUUGCUGCACUCCCUCUAGAAUUAGAGGGAACCACAUUGCAGAAUGGACAAGAAGAAUGCAAAGAUCCUGGCCAAAAGCAAAGAGAAGAGAAAGACGCGUGGAUCUGUUACCAGACAUACGAUUUCUGCAUGAAGGGCCCUGCUCCUAAAUUACGCCCCGCAAGGUCAGUCGAUCCAAUUUUGUUUCGAGUCUUCCAAUACUGUCAUACGACAUGGAGAGAAAAUUUUGAAGGCUUUGAGACUCAUUCUGAUGGCUGGGUUCCGAAUAAUGUAUGGGGCGCUGCGAAAGAUGCUCAUCGCGCGGCGUACGAUGAAUGGAUACGGACAACCCGAGAAUCCGAGUCUCGUGGCAAUGGCCUGACAGUAGCAAAAGCGCACAAUUUGUGGCCGCUUGACGCUAGAUAG